AUGAUCGGCCUACAUCAUGAGCACAUAGACACCAUAAGGGGAUUCACGGACACGGACCCUCUCACACUCUUUAACGAACCUGACACAACGGAUCACAUGAGAUAUAUCCCCCGGCUCCGGCAUGCCGUUUCCCCACUCUCAGAGCCGCUAGGCCCGGUGUGCCGCUCGGACUCGGCACCUGCACGGCUGUGGAGCUCAGGGAGGCAGCACCACUGCGGUCAUCCGAACCAAGGCCAGCCUCGGUUAGCUGUGUGUGAUCCAAUCAGCAGCAGCAGGUGUGAUAAUGAAGGGCAGUUCAGAGUGAGGUCAAACUACCUGGCUCACCCAUCGCAGGACUCCCGCACGCGCUCCUUUUCCCGCAUCAUGUCGGUGUUCGCGUGGCUUCUUUGGAUUUGGUUUCGUGGUACACUAGGAGGUCCGGUUCAGCACGCGACAUGGUCGGAAGUGGCAGGCCUAAAUCCGAUACAGACAAUACAGCAUGAAUCCACGAGCCCUUCGUUCUACCACCUGCCCAUGUUCCAGCAUGCACCGGGGCCACUUGUAUCACCCGAGCUGUUUCGUCCGGUCUUUCAGAAGAGCCCGCUGCCCGGCGGACUGAAUGCGUUGCUGUUCCCGCAAGCGAGACCACAGCACAGCGUCUCAGGGACGGGGUCACGCGCUGUGCAGGUCUGGUGCGGUUUCGAUGAUAUCUCUGUGCGCGUCGACCGCCUCCACCUGCGCACGUGGACCGACCCAUCGCUGUUUCGACUUGGCUCGUGCCCAGUCAGCAGAUUCACCCCCCGCUUUCUGUACUUUCACCACAGACAGACUGAGUGCGGCGGAAUGCCUCAGGUUGUUGGUGGCCAGCUGGUGUACAGCUAUGCACUGUGCUAUACUCCACCUAAGCAAGGCUACGUCAUCAGAGUCGUACCACUCAACCUUCCUAUCUAUUGCUAUUACAACAGGUUUUAUUACUCUUACCAAGUUGGUUUCAGACCUCAAGUUCAACACACAACCAUAAUGAAAAGCAUCAGGAGUAAACUCAGCUACAGCCUCACUGUCUGCAAUGGCCAGGGAGCGCCCAUCCCUCCAGGCCAUUGGUUCUUUUUAGGGGAGCCGGUGUACAUUCUUGCCCAGGCAGCAGCUCUGUUAGCUGGGGAGAGGCUUUAUGUGGACUCCUGCUAUGCCACAAGCUCCAGCGACCCACACAGCGUGCCCAGAUUAGCGAUCAUUACUAACUAUGGCUGCAUGACCGACAGCAGGAGGGAGGGCAGCAGGUCCCGCUUCCUGCUGGGAGGGGGUAGUGUGCUGAGGUUCUCUGUGGAUGCAUUUCUCUUCAGAGAAGUCUCACAGGUGCUGUACCUCCACUGUUCAAUGUCAGUCGGUCUCGACACUUCCUACACCUCAAAGUCCUGCAGCUUUGACCAGGCUGCUGGCAGGUGGGAGGAGCUGCAGGCCGCAGCCUCAGUGUGCUCCUGCUGUGACUCCAUCUGCAGCAACAUACACCAAUCUUUCAAGAACCCAGUCAGCAGUCCAGGCUUCCUCAUCAGACAAACAAGUCAAGUGAAACCAAGGAUGAAGGAGAUAUCUUAUCAAGCAGAGGAGGCAAGAGACUGGGGAGAUCAAGAAGAGAAGCUGGAAGAGAAAAAAGAUGAUGACCAUAAGGAAGUCCAAACUCUUCCACAGGAGACAGUGGAGGAAGAAGAAGUCAGUCCUGAGGAGACUACUGAGACAGAACAUUUCAGGACGAGUGAUGUAGUCACUCAGCAGGGAAACGGAGAGGAGGGACAGAUGGAGGAGGGGGUGAUGGAUGAGACAGACAUCAAGCUGAAAGAGUUCUCUACAGAGGACCUCAUGUCUGACCAGAGUACACCAGAGGAGUUCACAAGUACCGAACAUGCUUCUGUGAGUGGGGUGUCCAGGGACAGCAUCAGCACUGAUGCUUCUGGUACCACUGCUACACCUACCACAGCUUUCAGCUUUGCUAUUGAUUAUAAUGACACAAGUAAUCUUGCUUCUGCAGGAAAUGUUUCCACAGCUGCACUUCCUACCAGUGAGCUUUGUGCUGAUAGUGAUCCAAAGAGCUGCAGGUCCAACAUUAAUAGUGCAGCACAUACAGCUGUUGGGGUGCAGAGAUUCAGCCCAGAUACUGUUGUUGGGGCAACCAACAGAUCUGAUUCUCUUUGGGAGUCAGAAAUUGGAGAAUAUGAGACAGUUGGGACACACUCUACCACCGGUGACUUUGAAAUAGUCACCCCAGGUUUGUUUAAUGUCAGCAAGCUGGAGGCAGAUCAGAGUGACUCGCUCCUUUGGUCAGAACUUUCUGAUGGGAUACAAGGCCAGGCAGAAGAUGCUGUUAGCAGUGAAGGAGCAUAUGGAGUUGAUGAUGAUAUGCUUCACAGUGUCCAGAGCAGAGAGUCAGAAUCAGAGCAGCAUCCAGAUGGCUUCAGGGACACCACCUUUGUAGACUGGUCUCUCGGUGAGCCUGAUUUUGAUUCUGGAGCUGAAGAAGAUGAAACUCUUCAUCUGAGUCACUUCACUGGAGCAGAACAUACGCAAUGGCAAGAAGGAGACUUUUUUGAUGCCACUACAAGAGCACACAGUGUCAGUUCUGUGAGUUCAGAGGAAAUGCAUGACGCCAGCUCCAGGCACUCUGCUGUGGUGAGCGUCUCCUCCGCCCUGCAGGGCUAUGUGAGCAGCCUGCCAGCUGAUUCAGAGUGGGCUGAUCUGGAGCCAGCACUGGGCCUGCACAGCAUGGGAUUUGUGGAGGAGUGGCCGGUAGAAGAGUUGGGACCGAAGCUGAUGGAUGACUUCUAUCAAAAUGAGAUUAAUUCUCAGAAGAGUUCUCCCACUCGUUCACUGUGGUUUACAUAAGAAUAUACACAAUAUUUCACUUUUGAGUUUUAAUCAUCUCUGAAUCAAACCUGGUAAACCAGCACAUGAAAUCCUGUGCUGGUGUAUUUAUUACAUUGUGUUGUACAGGUAUGCAAGUAUGUGCUUUGCAUGGGGGUAAGGUCAGGGGUCAUAGCAGGAAAUGAGGCUGUUCCUCAUUAGUGGUCAUUUAAAUUUACAACCCUUUCUUUCAAAUGCUGCAACCCUCCUGUGAUUGUAGGAAUAUUGGAACCUUUCAAUAAAUGUCAAGGACCAUAAACGGCUGUCACUGCUCACAUGGAGAACAUGGAACCAGGAGAGACUUUCAGACAAACCUUUCCAAGACUGGAGGAGAACCUAAUGUUCAGCUGCCUGUCCAUGAUGUGGACAUGUUUAUAAUGAAUAAACUCCUCUGACCAAGCCCUUACCAA